AUGGGUCGUUCAAAGUCUGCUCUUCGUGCCUCUCGCGAGAAAAAAGCUGAGUCCAAGGCUGCAGGUGUCAACCCCAACAAGCGUCUUGCGAUGGCCUUGAAGGCAAAAGGGGCCCCUCGUCCCAUUUGGGAUCCGCCGAGAAUGUCCGUUACGCCUUCGCCCAGGAAGUCUGAGCCAGCUUCUCGCAAAGUCAAAGCUGAGCCAAAGUCUCCCGAGCCAUAUUCCGGACCGACUCUUCGCUCCUCGACUGCUUCCGCUGCCGUCAAAGCUGAGAAGCCAUAUCCUGGGAGAACUCUUCGCUCCCCCACCACUUCGUCUGCCGGUAAUGUUAAGAAAGGGCCUAAGAAAGAGCCGUACACCGGACCGACUCUCCGGUCUUCUACCGCUUCUCAUGCCAACAACAUCAAGAAAAUUCAGAAAAUCAAGGAUGAGAUGUCUUCUGAGUCGGUUGAUGGACCGACUCCUCGCUCGUCGACCACCUCCGCUGCCGGCGAAUCCAAGAAGCCGUAUUCCGGACCAACCCUUCGCUCCUCGACUAUUUCCUCUGCCGCUGAAGUCAAGAAAGAGCAGUAUUCCGAGCCGACUCUUCAGUCCUCCAUCGCUUCCUCUAACCGCCGAGCCAUUCAGAAAAUCAAGGACGAGCUGUCUUCCAAGUCGUCGUCCAAUUCAGCCUCUGACCGUAUCAUGGUUGUCAAUAGCUCAGAACCUCGUGGCGAGCCCGAGCCUCAGCCUAAGGCCGAGCAUGAGGACGACCCUGAGCAAGAGGCUGAGCCCAAGAUUAAGCCCGAGCCUGGAAGAGCCCAAAGGACCACGGCCAAAGCCCACUGUACCGACUUCCGCAAAUGUAUCAGAUGUGGCGUUUGGGGCUUCGAGUACCCUCCUCUGCAUGUCACCAAGGAGGAAGAGGAAAUCUGA